AUUUACUAUUGAAUCCACCCACGCGCAAACAGUGUUUACCAGGCCCUCUGGUGAGAGCGAAGCUCAACUAGCGAAGCUCAACUGUAGAACACCAAGUUGAGAACACAACUUGUGAGUGACCUUCAGGGCCACCGUACAGUUGUCUCUUUUGUUUAGUCGAGAACAAAAGAUAUUGGCCAGACUGAAAAAUGAAAUUUCUGCUUUUAGCGUGGCUGGCCCUUCCAGUUUUAGGAGAUCUGUACUGCGAGGGUGGUGGUAGUUCAAACAACAGUGAGAUAUCAUUCAGCCACACAUGCCGCCUCCUCAACGAGAUAUCUACUGUGAAGGUUGCCUGCCAGUUUUCUAACUCAUCUGGCUUCAAAGUACUCCGUGUGAAUGGCUUUGAUAAGCACUGCCAUAGCGAUGUUCUGUAUAUUGAGCCAGGCGUUUACGGUACUGAAAUUUCCUGUUUUUUUCCUGUUUCCAUGGUAUUUGCUGGCUCUUUUACGUGUUAUAGUGAAUUUUCUGAUCCGAUUAGCUUCAAUAUUACCGUGUUCUCGGAUGAGUGUGACCCACUUCUGAAUAGCAGAAACGUUGCUACGAAUUCAACUGUGACCUCCAAGUGCAUUGAUGGGUUUAUAUGUCCUGGAUGUUCGAGACCUUUUUGUAAACUACAGCUGGAUACUAACAUCGAGACUAAUCACACACAUUUGUCUUCUCACUGGGUUCCGAUGCUUACUUCUGACUGUAUAGCUAAUAUUUCCGAUGAUACUACUAAACUGAAUACCCCAGGCAACUUGUAUUUCUUGUUGCUCAUACCACCAUUAGUAGUGGGACUAAUAUUGGCUAAAAUAUGCAAGAAAAAGGCAGAACAGAGCAAUAUGCCUGACAGAGUGGAAGUUGCUACGCAACUACCUACAAGCGUGACGACUUCAGCUUCUUUAGAGGACAAAGAAAUCCCGACAGACAAUCCAGAUUCUAACGAAGAAGCAGAAGAAGAGGAAACCAAUGAUGAUAUUAAAAGCUGCUUCUCAACGCCUCAACACGUUGUUGAUGAUGCUGGUAGCACUGAUGUUAUUAUAUCACAACAAUCUAUACCGAAUCCUAAAGAUGGACCAAGGUCGAGGAAAAACCGAGAAAUUCAAUCUUCAAACGCUGGUCCUGAGGACCUAGAAAUCUCAACAAAGUUACAGUCUCGCUCUAGUGUGGAUUCUAAAGAGCUUAAGUCAGAUGAAGUUCAAGACGAUCUGCUGCUACUUCUUACUCCUCUGUCGUGCUAUUGGAAAAUUCUUUUAAAUUUUCUUGGACUUGAAAAAAAACUCAACUUAAAACAAAACGAAGAGGCAAAUCUUAAGCAUCUUGUUGAAUAUCAUUUUAAUCAGCAUCCGAAGAACAAGAACAGUGCAGUGGCCAAACUUGUCAUAGCUUUGGAGAAUAUAUCAGAGUCUUCUGAUAAUGAUGUACAUGUACAGACGAGGCAGUUCUUUGGAGCUAUGGCUAAGAAGAUUUCUUCCAAAUACAACCCUGGUUACCUUUGUAAUUCAGAUAUUUCUUCAUCGCCUCCUUCAAAUGAUGUUGUUAUCAAGAUGGAAGAAUACUCUGCACGGUUUGUUGUUGGUGUGGGGAGUAAAACUCUUGAACUGGGAGAACUGGAACUUGAACAGCCUUAACACUACACAUAACCUUUUUUGUGACAACCGUAUAAUUAUAGCGCGAAAUUUUGUCAGUGUUUGAGCCCCAAAAAACUAAAUUUAGUAUUCUUCAUUAAAAUCACAAUAAAAAUCAUAUUUUAUUAAAUUGCAA